AAUUUUAUUUUAAAAAUGAAUAUCAAAAUUUUCACGGUAAUUUGCUUGCCGAUUUAUCUUCCGGCGAUACAAUCAGCGAAUAUUGAAGAAGCGGCAGUGGAAUUGAUAACUUGCUUUGAAAAAUUGAUAGCAAAUAACAAUCUCUUGAAAGAAAAUUCUCUCAGUACUUUGAAAAAUAUCAAGGAGUUGUUUUUUGAUAAACUCAAGUCCUAUGAUAGGUACAAAGACUCUUUAUUUGACGAAAAUCGGCUACCUCAAAAGUUCAGCGACGGCAAAAUGACUGAGCAAGAGUCUGCUGACCAUGACAAGUUUUGCGACGUGCUUCAUGGGAUUGAUAAGAUGUUCAAUGGAGAUGUGGAAAGAUAUUUGGAUAAUUAUAAAGCGUAUGCUGAAGAUAUUGACUCUUUUAUAGAAGAGGUGAGUGACUACUCUUUUGAGCAGGAUUUAAAAUUUUUGGUUGCUGCUGUCUCACAGAAUCCAGGAAGUGGAAGCUUUGAUGAGUUUAAUGUCACUAGUUUGUUUCUUCAAUCGGAGGUGGAUAUUGAUGAUAAUUGUAAUAAACCUCCGGUUUAUGAAAGAUUGUUUAAAUUUUAUGAGAAAAUUCUUAUGGGAGUGUACCAAGGAUACACUGCGAUGUUUUUAGCUCAUGAAUAUCAAAAAAUUAAAGGCUCAGGUGAUGGCUUACGAACGGAACAGAAAUUUUUAUUGACCGAGUUCAAAAACUCUGUCAUCAGAAUAAUAGAAACAGGUCAUUACCACCUGAACCUAACGGAUGAGACUUAUAAAAGGAUGUACAAGAACUGCGACGCGUUGGAGUGGUCGGAAGGAAGAAAUUACAUCCGCGUUAAGAACUAUGUGGCGUACUAUGAGCAGAGGACCAAGUGGUACUUUGACCCGAACGCGGAUUACCUGGACACUAAGGAGCCGGAGUAUGAGUGCAGCGGAAUAAGGGCGAACUUCAAUCGUUUGGAUCUGCCGCAGGGAAUCGUGUACAGCAUGUACUGUCCGAUUGUUUUCCUGGAGAAUUUUAACAGUGAAGAUACAAGUUGCCGGAAGUAUGGGUGGAACAAUGUCAGAGGAUACAAGAAGGAAAAUUGGACUUCUGCGUGCAUUCUGGGUGACCACAGCGAGCUGGAGAAGUUGUGUGCUUGCGAUAAACAAGUUGACAAUGACAUCAGCGUUCGUCUGCUGAGUUUGAGAGAGUAUUACACCAACAGCUCGGACAAUCGAGUCGUCACGGGGAUCAGGUUUGCCGUUGAGAAGAAUGUGAUAACGUUGCAAAUCCAAGAAGGACAUCUGGUCAAUGGAGAAAUUGAUCCAAGCUCCGUUAAAUGGAGAACUGACGGUGGUCAUCCCGCAGGUGGACCGACUCAGACUGUUCGGCUUAGUUACAAGAUUCGUGGGUUUAAUUUAGACGACAUUGAAAUACCCGAUGGACAAUUCGUCACAGGAGUUAAGUUUGUCGUGACGAAAGAUGAUCGAAUAUCAAUAGCAGUUCGAGGAUCGGUGAUUUACAACAGUGAAGGUAGCUUCUAUUCAUCGUCUGUUGGAGACCGUUGGUUUUAUCCUUCCAAGAUAAAUUCCACUGAUAGAAUGAAUAUCGACAUAAGUGCAAGAAAGAAUCCUCGAGAUUCCGAGCUGAUCUACGAAUUGAGCAAGACAGGCCAGCACUAUGUAAAUUUAAAGGUAUCUUUUUUCUCUGAGAAGAGUCAUAACGCAGCAAUAGUUCCUUUCUUGGACUCUCGUCCUCUAGAAACUCUACCACCAGCUCCAAUCAGUGGCCUGGGAUUAUUCUACAAAGGCAAACCCGGUUACGCAGGAUUUCUGACAUUGAAAUACUUUUCUUCUCAGUACAAACGUUUUUCUCGAUCUCCAAUAGUUUCUAUUAUUUCAAACAUGAAAAAUUAUACCAACGGAUACUUAGUUAAUUGAUUCAAACUCCUUGGA